AUGAAUAUCGACUUUUCCGGCCGAGGGGCCAUCGCGCUGCUCGAAUUGCUUGUCUCUAUGCAUCUCCUCCCGGCCAUGGUCCAUAUUGAAACAGCCACAACUCUGUCCAUCGCUGUGUCUCUCAUCGCGACCGUUAUCCAGACCUGGGCCCUAGCCUUGCAGCGAGAUGAACAGCAGGAGGCUACAGCAGGCGAUGCUAACCACCUGUCUGCAAUUCAAUCCACCAUGAUGCAAUACUUGGGCCUAUACUUGAGUGUGAUAUCUACAACACGAAGUGGAUUGUACGGCAGCCCAGGUCGGCCGUCGACAUUUUGGGUUGGUGCUGGGAUUUUGUUCCCCCUUGUUGCUGUGGUCAUCUACCCAAGUCAUAGCCUCCUCACCCAGCUAUUCCUCUUCUUUGGCGCAGUUGCUAGCAACCUCGUGUGCGUGCGUUUGCUGCAGAGGGAGCUAGAAAAUGAAAUUGUGUAA